GGGCAUGCCCACGCAGGAGCCCGUGAGCCGGGGGGCCGCUGCCCGGCCAUGGCGCGGCCUCUGAGCGACCGGACCGCCGCCCCCGUGCCGCCGGGCGCCGGGGCGCCGCUGGGGCUGCGCGGCCUCCUGCAGGGCCCGGGCAAGCCCCGGGAGCCGGCCGGCUGUCUCCUGAAGGAAAGGGAGCGCAAGGCGGCCCCGCCGGGAGCCCCGGGCCUGGAGCCGGCACCGGCGGCGGCGGCAGCAGCGGCAGCGGCAGCGGCGGGAGCCCCGGCCGAGGCGGCCGUGCUGGGCGGCGGAGGAUCCCCGCGGGGCCGCCCGGGGGCCGCGCCCGGCCCGAGCCUGCUGGCGCCGCUGCUGUGGGAGCGCACGCUGCCCUUCGGCGACGUGGAGUACGUGGACCUGGACGCGUUCCUGCUGGAGCACGGGCUGCCGCCCAGCCCGCCGGCCCCCGCAGCCUCCCCAGGGCCCGGCUCGUGCGGCUCGGCUUCCCCGCGCUCCUCGCCGCGACGCGCCCCCGCCGGCGGCCAGCGCGCAGGCCUGACCUCUCGGGACACACCCAGCCCCGUGGACCCAGACACGGUGGAGGUGCUGAUGACCUUUGACCCCGACCCAACUGACCUGGCCUUGUCGAGUAUCCCCGGCCAUGAGACCUUUGACCCCCGGAGACACCGCUUCUCCGAGGAGGAACUGAAGCCGCAGCCAAUCAUGAAGAAGGCGCGGAAGAUCCAGGUGCCAGAGGAGCAGAAGGAUGAGAAGUACUGGAGCCGAAGGUACAAGAACAACGAGGCGGCCAAGCGGUCCCGCGAUGCCCGGCGGCUCAAGGAAAACCAGAUCUCGGUGCGGGCGGCCUUCCUGGAGAAGGAGAACGCCCUGCUGCGCCAGGAGGUGGUGGCCGUGCGCCAGGAGCUGUCCCACUACCGCGCCGUGCUGUCCCGCUACCAGGCGCAGCACGGGGCCCUGUGACCCGCCUCACUGCACCCUGUGCUCUGACCUCCUCCUCCCUCCCCUGUGGCCCACGGGCUGGCCAGCUGGGUGUCCCAGGGACGUGACGAUAAGAUAAAUACAUUUAUAUUUUUAAGAAAAAGAGUCUCCCCAUCCCCCUCCUCGUGGGGGUGGAGAGAGUCCUGUGUGUGUGUGUGUGUGUGCCCACCCCCCGGCACGUUGGGGACCCCAUCUUCCCAUCUCCAUGAAUACCAUCCUGAAUAAAUCUUGAGAACUCCA